AUUUUCUCUUCACUCCUCUUCCGCCUCCUCACUACUAUAAAUGAACGCAGCACCAUUCUGUGUUCCUCGCGUCGGCCCCUUUCUCUCUCUAUCUCUGCCAAGAUCCCGAUCUCGGACCUAUCUCCGUCCCCGUUUCUUCGCCUCUAUCUCUCAAUCUCUAGAACAAAUGGCUUCUCACAUUGUUGGAUACCCUCGUAUGGGUCCCAAGAGGGAGUUGAAGUUUGCCUUGGAGUCUUUCUGGGAUGGUAAGAGCAGUGCCGAUGACUUGAAGAAAGUGGCUGCGGAUUUGAGGACAUCCAUCUGGAAGCAGAUGGCUGAUGCCGGUAUCCAAUUCAUUCCCAGCAACACCUUCUCAUUCUAUGAUCAGGUGCUUGACUCCACUGCCAUGCUUGGUGCUGUUCCACCGAGAUACGGUUGGACUGGUGGUGAGAUUGGACAUGAUGUUUACUUCUCGAUGGCUAGAGGUAAUGCAUCUGUUCCUGCUAUGGAGAUGACCAAGUGGUUUGACACCAACUACCACUAUAUUGUUCCUGAAUUGGGUCCUGAAGUCAAGUUCUCUUAUGCUUCCCAUAAGGCUGUUGAUGAAUAUAAGGAAGCAAAGGCGCUUGGAAUUGAAACUGUCCCAGUGCUUGUUGGUCCAGUGUCUUACCUGUUGCUCUCAAAGCCUGCAAAGGAUGUUGAGAGAUCAUUUUCCCUUCUAUCUCUCCUUGACAAGAUUAUCCCAAUUUACAAGGAAGUUGUAUCCGAGCUAAAAGCAGCCGGUGCUUCAUGGAUUCAGUUUGAUGAGCCCAUCCUUGUUAAAGAUCUUGAUUCACACAAGUUGGAAGCUUUCACCUCAGCAUACUCUGAGCUUGAGUCUUCCCUGUCUGGUUUGAAUGUCCUUGUUGAGACAUACUUUGCUGAUGUUCCUGCUGAGGCAUUCAAAACCUUAACCAGCUUAAAGGGUGUGACUGCUUUUGGUUUUGAUCUGGUUCGUGGAACCCAGACUCUUGAUUUGAUCAAGGAAUUCCCACAGGGUAAAUAUCUCUUUGCCGGUGUGGUUGAUGGAAGAAACAUUUGGGCCAAUGACCUUUCUGCAUCUCUCAAUUUGUUGGAGUCUCUCGAGGGCAUUGUCGGGAAAGAUAAGCUUGUGGUUUCCACAUCCUGUUCACUUCUCCACACAGCUGUGGAUUUGGUAAACGAGACUAAGCUGGAUCAGGAACUGAAAUCUUGGCUUGCAUUUGCUGCCCAGAAGAUCGUCGAAGUGAAUGCUUUGGCAAAGGCAUUUUCUGGCCAGAAAGAUGAGACAUUCUUCUCAGCAAAUGCUGCAGCCUUAGCAUCGAGAAAGGCCUCCCCUAGAGUUAAUAAUGAAGCCGUUCAGAAAGCUGCUGCUGCUUUGAAGGGUUCUGAACAUCGUCGUGGAACCAAUGUUAGUGCGAGAUUGGAUGCUCAGCAGAAGAAGCUUAAUCUUCCUGUCCUGCCAACAACAACCAUCGGAUCAUUCCCUCAGACUGUGGAACUCAGAAGAGUGCGAAGAGAAUACAAGGCUAACAAGAUUUCCGAGGAAGAAUACGUUAGUGCUAUCAAGGAGGAGAUCAACAAGGUCGUCAAACUCCAAGAAGAGCUUGAUAUCGAUGUCUUGGUUCAUGGAGAGCCAGAGAGGAAUGACAUGGUUGAGUACUUCGGAGAGCAGCUGUCUGGUUUUGCAUUCACAGUAAACGGAUGGGUGCAAUCCUACGGUUCUCGUUGCGUUAAGCCACCAGUCAUCUAUGGUGAUGUUAGCCGCCCAAAGCCUAUGACUGUCUUCUGGUCAUCCCUAGCACAAAGCAUGACUUCUCGCCCCAUGAAGGGAAUGCUUACUGGUCCCGUCACCAUCCUUAACUGGUCCUUUGUCCGUAACGAUCAGCCCAGAUUCGAAACCUGCUACCAGAUCGCCUUGGCCAUCAAGGAUGAAGUAGAAGAUCUCGAGAAGGCUGGCAUUACUGUUAUCCAAAUUGACGAAGCUGCUCUUAGGGAAGGUUUGCCUCUUAGGAAAUCCGAAGAAGCUUUCUACUUGGAUUGGGCCGUCCACUCUUUCAGAAUCACCAAUGUCGGCGUAGAAGACACCACUCAGAUUCACACUCACAUGUGCUAUUCCAACUUCAACGACAUCAUCCACUCGAUCAUCGACAUGGAUGCUGACGUCAUCACAAUCGAGAACUCUCGUUCUGACGAGAAGCUUCUGUCUGUUUUCCGCGAGGGAGUGAAGUACGGAGCUGGAAUCGGUCCAGGAGUUUACGACAUUCACUCUCCUAGGAUUCCUUCUGCUGAGGAAAUUGCUGACAGGAUUAACAAAAUGCUUCAGGUUCUCGAAACAAACAUCUUGUGGGUGAAUCCCGAUUGUGGGCUGAAGACUCGUAAGUAUCCAGAGGUCAAGCCGGCUCUUGAGAACAUGGUUUCGGCUGCCAAACUGAUCCGAACUCAGCUUUCCAGCGCCAAAUGAUCCAUCAGAUGAAAUCGUUUUCUAAAGAUUCUUAUUGUUGUAGACUAGUGCCUAUAUCAUUUAUGUUGUAUCCUCACUUUGCUCUUUAUCUUAUUGCUUUUGGUUAAUUUCUUUUUCUUUGGAUGCACCAUAGAGAGGUGCCUUUAUAUGUUCUUAAAAUGUAUUUGUGAAACAAGCUUUUAAAAGCUUUGGCGCUGUUUGGUAUACUACAAGAAAAUAAUAUGUUUUGAAGAA